GGUUCUUCUCCUCUACAAGAAGUCAUCCUCCCUGCCUGGCUCUUCUCAAUUUUACAACAGCUUUUCUCAGAUGAUCCAUUUGUCAACAGUUUGAAACUGAGCUACAACAUGAGCCUACGGAGACUAAGUUUCAAAUGGUUUGGCAGUCUAACCAACCUCACUUUUCGCCGCUCCACUGAGAAAUCAGACUCCAAGUCCUCUAAGUCGAAGUCUGGAGCGGGAGCAGGAUGUGCACAGGGAGAUGAUGAUGAUGGCUGCACAGUCCUAACUCCAGUUGUUGAGACGUCUGUGGAUGACCUGGAGGCCAUGCGUCCCCGCACAGCCAGUUAUGUCCGCUCCAGUGAGAGCUAUACACAUGUGGGCACGCUGCCACGCCUUCUGAAGAGGAAGAGGGACAAGAGCAAUAAAGGAUGCCCCAGUAGCAGUAAGAAGGGUAAAGACAAGAUCAGCAGAAGUCAAAGCCAGCGACCUGCGGGGGACCGGAGCUCUCUGAGACUCACGGGCGCCAAAUCAAAAGAGGCUGAGGAUGUAAUUAAAGCUGACAGUGGGCCCAAAACCAAGCUUGAAUGCGGAGGUGAAAGCAAAGCCACAAAUGCUUCAAACAUCACCUCUGGACCUGCAUCUGCCUGUGAGGAUGUAUCGCCAUCUGGUGGCUCCGGCGCAGAACUUCAGUCAGAGACUUGCGACAAGCAGGGCGUCACCGAGGCAGGUGCAGACUUGAACCCUGAUACUGACAGCUCAUCACCCCCACUUAGCCACGAGAAUGAUGAAACGCAUGCAGAUGAUGGUUUACAGCCCGGGGCUGUUUCUGAACCCAAAGAGGAGUCCAGAGAGCCGGCAGAAGGAGCAGAUACAGGAAACCAGCAGUCUGACGGCAUCUACAGGUAA